AAACGUGUUGUAUAAUUGUAAUUUUUUUUUGAGAUUUGUGUUUGUUUAAAACAUCAAUAAAUAUACAAAAAUUAAAGCGGUUGUUUAACGAAAUUCAUAGCAAGGAGGCAUGGCUAAAUAUAUUGCACAGAUUAUCGUCAUGGGCGGCCAGGCCAUUGGACGAGCUUUCACAAAAGCUUUAAAACAAGAAAUUGCGGCUUCGCAAGAAGCGGCUAAACGUGCAGGAGGUGGACGGCAAGGAGAUAAAAGCGCCGAGUCCAAUUUGCGAACAGGAAUGACUUUGGAAGAGGCCAAACAAAUUCUCAACAUUGAUGAUCUGAAGAAUACUGACACAAUCGUCAAGAACUAUGAACACCUGUUCAAUGUUAAUGAUCGAUCCAAGGGCGGCUCCUUUUAUCUGCAAUCAAAGGUUUUCCGAGCCAAAGAACGUCUUGAUCACGAACUGAAAAGCCACCAAGAACCACCAUCCAAGCAAGCCGAAGAGGAGCCUCAGAUUAGAACGCGGCAGCGUCGUUGACCUCCAGGUCCAGACAAAACAACUAAUUAGCUAAUUAUUCGUAUAAAACAAAAGAAAAAAUUAUGUAUUAGGAAUCAAUGCGGGUGUAAAUAGACUGUUACGAACGAAA